AUGGCUGAUAAGUGUCACAUGUGUCUGCUGGGACUGAUCAUUCUCUGUCCACUCUUCACAGGUAGCAGUGGAGUGAAUGACACUGUGUUCUGCAAUUCUGGUGAAAAUGUCCGUCUGCCCUGUAAUAAUGCUCUUUCUGACUGCAAUUCAACUACAUGGAUCUAUAAGAAACAUUCAGGGACAGUUGAACUGGUUGCUGGAGGAGAAAAGAAGAAUGACAUAGAGAGACAUGAGAGACUGAGUCUGGGCUCUGACUGCUCUCUGAACAUCAAGAAAGUCACAAAAGAAGAUUAUGGAUUUUACAGCUGCCGACAAUAUGUGAAUGGACAACAACAAGGAACUGAUGCAUGUGUUUAUCUGCAUUUUCUUGAUGUAUCUUCAUCAUCCUCACAGACUGAGAUGAGACCAGGCAGCUCUGUGACUCUCUCCUGUCAGUUGUAUUAUGAUGGAGUCUCUUGUGAUACUUUGGUCCGUACUGAGGGAAUUCAGCUGAUCUGGGUGAAUCAGGCUGGUGUGAAUCUGCAGACAGACUCCAGAUAUCAGAUAUCAUUCUCCUCAACACACUGUAACAGCACUCUGACUACAACACUCCUGAAUGAAGAUCACAACAGAGAGUGGAGAUGUCAGGUUAAACAGAGGAAUGAACUGAAGACCUCAGUCACAUAUACUGUCAAUUAUUCAGCUCCAGUUGAUACAACAACACUGAUUCCAGUCAGCAGCUCAAACUCUGAGAAGAAAUCAAGCCAAACUACCGCAGCAGUUCCUACACAACAAGAUACACAGAUUACCCCAACCCCUGAGACAACUUCAGCUCCAAUUACUACACAGCAAGUCUCUCCCUCAGUGAUUGGGAUUGUCGUUGCUGCUGCAUUAGCUGUUCUCCUUCCUGCUGUUAUUUUCUGGGUGAUUUGUAAAAAAAGAGCUGAUAACAGAAGAGAGACUAAUGACCCUGUGGAGCAUAAAGAUGAUGUUACUUAUACUGAGGUUGCCACAUACUGUAAAAUCCAAGCCAAAAAGAACAAGGUUCAUGAUGAUGAUAAAGUGACUUAUUCUUCUAUCAGAGGAGCAACAGCUGAACCUCAGGAUGACUGCAGUCAGCUUUAUGCCUCUGUGAACAAGAACCAUCACAAAUAACUCAAACAGACAAUAAUUAUACAAAGAGCUCAUAAUAUCAGUCAUAAAGGAAUUUAAUUGACUCCUAAGGAUUUCAGUCAGUCCCAUAAUAAAUGCUGUCAUUCACAUUUUAACAAACAAACCAGAGUGGUGAUCUGAUUAUAGUAUUUUGGUCAGUUUGCAAUGCUUAUUCAAAGUAGCUGUCUGCUUGAUGAAUUAAUGUCAGUGCCUUUUUUUAUUAGUUCUGGAUGAAAAAUCAUUCCUUAUGCUUGUACAAAGAAAACAGAAAACAGAAAGAGUUGUGUAAUGAUUUAAAUGUUUAUCGCAAUAUGACAUGAAUGAUAAUUUGGUGUUUGUACCCCUUUGAGCAGCUGCUUUCAGAAAUACUUGUAAUAUCAGAUUUUAUUUGUCAAUAAAAAUUUAAGACAUGAAGCAACCUAUAUCAAAUGUAUAUUUACAUUGUUAGUGUUAAUGUGCAGAUUGUGCCUGUGAGGAACUUGAUUGUAGGUGGUUUUUCAUUGUAAAUAUAGUGCAACGUAACUGUUAUCACAUCCUUAUUUAAACUAUUUCUGUGCUUGAGGUAUUUGUCUG